AUUCGACGACCCGACCCACAGGAGUCCACUGAGACUGGAUGCGUCGUUGUUGUGUCCACGCAGUCGCGGAUAUUUGCUCCCGACGAGGCUGGACUGAGCUCACGCACACCGGGGACCCACGCUAUGGUGGAUCAUUAUCAUCCUGCUUCACAAGGAGACGCCGCGGAGCUGUCGCUCUGGCACCGACAGUUACCGACGGAAGCCCACUAGCUCCGAUAGCUCCUUACGCAAGCUAGCAACGUUAGCUGUUAACAUAAAAGCCACUGACCUCAAACACAUCGAAGGAACAUUCUCGGUGUUGGACACUUGCUAGGUUGGGACGUCAUUGUCCCCCAGGUGUGCUCCCGUUGUCUCAGCGUGGCGUGUCCCGUGGACGGUCCCUGAAUAUGAUAUACAAUGAGUCAAAGAGAAACUUUGGUUCAUCUGUUUGCUGGAGGAUGUGGAGGCACAGUCGGAGCCAUAUUGACUUGUCCUCUAGAAGUCGUGAAGACACGACUACAGUCGUCCUCCAUCACCCUCUACGUGUCUGAGGUUCAGCUCAGUGCAGUCAACGGGGCCAGUGUGGCUCGCAUGACCCCUCCAGGCCCCCUGCACUGUCUCAAAUUGAUUUUGGAGAAAGAAGGCCCUCGCUCACUCUUCAGGGGGUUGGGACCAAACUUGGUGGGCGUGGCACCCUCCAGAGCCAUCUACUUUGCUGCUUACUCCGCUGCCAAAGAGAAGCUGAAUGGCUUGCUGGAGCCUGACUCCAUACAAGUUCACAUGGUGUCAGCAGCAGCGGCAGGUUUCACAGCCAUCACCACAACUAAUCCAAUAUGGCUCAUAAAGACUCGUCUGCAGCUGGAUGCAAGGAACCGCGGCGAGCGCAGGAUGAGUGCGUUUGAGUGCGUGCGGAGGGUGUACCAGACCGACGGCCUGCGAGGCUUCUACAGAGGGAUGUCGGCCUCCUACGCCGGCAUCUCAGAGACUGUGAUCCACUUUGUGAUCUAUGAGAACAUUAAACGGCGCCUCAUUGAGGCCAAGGCCCCACAGAACAUGGAGGAGGACGAGGAGGUGACCAGAGAUCCGUCCGACUUUGUUGGGAUGAUGCUCGCCGCUGCCACCUCCAAGACCUGUGCCACAACUAUCGCUUAUCCUCACGAAGUGAUCCGCACCAGGCUACGUGAAGAGGGCACAAAGUAUCGCUCCUUUUUCCAGACUUUAACAACUGUGCCCAAAGAAGAGGGCUAUCGCGCCCUGUACCGAGGCCUCACCACUCACCUGGUGCGGCAGAUUCCCAACACCGCCAUCAUGAUGUGCACCUAUGAGUUGGUGGUCUACCUCCUGAACGGCUAAGGUCCCGCCCGUCUCUUCAGACAUGUGUAUGUGUAACCCUGCUCCUGUUUAAAGAGGGAGCAAAGGACAUAAAAAAGAGCUACUGCACACCAGUUAGCCAGAGGACAGGGACAGCCUCACAGCCACCUUUCUGCUCAGCGAUGAGAGCGCUUGUUAAAAAUAAGUCUGUACUUUGUUUCGUAUCCAAAGGGUCAAACGCGAGGGGGAUUGAAAGGGUCGUUGCGUCCGGUUUUCACUGUUUUUGAUUUCCAUUCCAUCCCCUUUUUCCCUUUGGUUGUAAACACGACAGCCUCAGAUUCAGAGGGCUGAAGGAAGGAAGUUAUUCUGCCUUUAAUCACAGAGAAAUACAAAGAUUAGUCUUUGCAACAUCGCGAUUUGUUGUCGUGCUGCAUUUCAACAGCUGUCCAGACUCAGUCGUGAGCAAGCCAGCGUUCAGUAGUUGGUAUAAGAGAGAGAGUAAAGUGAAUGUGCCUUGUGUGAAGACGGGAUGUACAGUAGUAAAUGAUUAAUGGGUGCUGGAGGAGGCGGAGCUUAGAUAAAAAUGUUAUGCUCUCUUACAUAAGCACAAGGUGGAGGCUUUAAUUAUAACUAGCUCCCACGCUUGUUACAGAGGUCCUUUAGUUUUUCUUCUGUCUUUGCGCUCGCACAAAAACUCAUUUAAUGCAUCGAA